UUUCUUCAAGGCUCCCUCCAUUUCCCUUUUCAUUUUCAAAACGUCGCGUCGAUCAUGGGCAAUUCAGCUUCAGCAACAAAGGAUUCGGAGCUUCUGACAUUGGAUUUGCUCCGACUGGGGCCACCGCCUGCUGACUGGGACUGUUCGCAGGAUUUCAGGAGCCAUGCCACUAUCACUGAUCCCAUUCUCAAAAAAGUUGAGCCUGUAGGAUCUCAAUAUCUUGCUCAUGCACGACGGAAAGUCUUCAACAGAACAUUUUCCGAGGACGAAGAGCACCUAGCGAAAGCAGAAGUAGAAGCUGCUGCUGCGGCUGCAGUGGCUGCUGCGGCUGCAGCACAAUUAGCAGAUAGUACAGACAGCAUGCUCGAUGUUGAAAUUGAGCCUGAUCACAAAGAUGAUAUGAAACGCGACGCCAAAGACUGGAAGACGCAGGAUCAUUACCGUAUGCUUGGGUUAGGACAUGUCCGUUGGAGAGCCUCUCCAGCCCUGAUUAAAAAGGCUCAUCGCACCAAAGUCCUAGUCCACCAUCCAGACAAGAAAUCCGGCGCACUAGGUGGAAAUAGUGACGACGAUAGAUUCUUCAAGUGCCUUCAGAGGGCGUAUGAGACUCUUUCAGAUCCUGUCAAACGCCGUCAAUAUGAUUCUGUGGACCCCAUCCCAGAAGAGGCCUACAACCCUUUAAAGGAUGGUGCCGAUCUUCCUUUCAUUGAAGCUUGGAAACCUGUUUUUGAACGUGAGGCUCGGUUUUCGGUCAGGCCUAAAAAUGAGAUUCCUUCGAUCGGGACUAUGGACUCAAGCAAGGAAGAGGUCGAAGCCUUUUAUGGGUUUUGGUAUGGCUUUGAGAGCUGGAGAUCAUUCGAAUAUUUGGACAAAGAAGAGGGUGAUGGUCCUGAUAAUCGUGAUGAUAAGCGCUAUCUCGAGAAGAAGAACAGAGCUGAACGAGCUAAACUUAAGAAGGAAGACGCGGCUCGCCUCCGCAAGCUAGUUGAUACAGCAUUCACACUUGAUCCUCGCAUGAUCGCUUUCAAGGGUCAAGGACGUGAAGCCAAAGAAGCUAAGAAAAGGGAACGUCAGGAACAAGCCCAGAGAGCCAAAAUGGAUGCAGAGCGCCAAGCAGCUCUCGAGAAGGAGCUGCAGCAGGAAAGAGAAUCAGAGGAGAAGUUAAAGCGAGAAGAAGAACGGAGAGAGAAGGAGGCCAAGAAAAAGCUUAUCCGUAAGGAAAAGAAGAAUAUCAAGACGGCUAUCAAGGACGCCAACUAUGGCUUGUCAAAUGGUAGCACUAUUCCACCUGCAACUCUUGAGAUAUAUCUAUCCGAAUUGGAGACAAUGCUCGACAAAUUAUCUCUUGAAGAAUUGGAGAGGAUAAGCAUAGACUUGAAUAGUUCUCAGACUACAAAUGAAGGGAAGCAAAAGAUUUUGUCCGUAGAAGCUCACAGACUUGUACAGGAAGGAUUAGCCGACCCAAAGAGCUUAACACAAUUUGGCGUUGAGCAUAUCACCACAAAGCCCUUAUCAUCAACAUCCUCAUCAUCACCAUCUUCAUCCUCAGCAUCUUCAAAAGAAUGGUCCGUUGAAGAAAUCGCUCUACUUAUCAAGGCUGCGAAUAAGUUUCCGGGAGGUGUCAGUGAUCGUUGGGAAACCAUCGCUGCCUAUGUAGCUCUCCAUACGGGGCUUCCUCAACGUUCGCCUGAAGAGGUGAUCAAGAAAUCGAAAGAGGUUCAAAAGAGUUCAUCACAAGAGUCUGCCACUGUUCGACAGCUACAAUUUCAAAAGAAGACCUACGAUAUUGCCGAUGCUCCUUCAGUUCGAUAUGAUAUCGAAGGUGGUGUUGUGCCCGUCGAUUCCACUUCAAAAACUAACAUGUCGACCGAGGAAGCUGUUGUAACUGCCAUAAAUGCUGUAGCUGGCAAGAAGACAGUAAGAAUUAAUACUAAAAAGCAUACUUCCACAGUAGCAACGACGACCACAACCAAUGGAACAAUAGCCUCUACAAUAGCAAAAGGGGCAUCGACACCUGCGUCACCAUCUACUGCUAUUUCUAAUGCUUCUACUGCUAACGCCUCACCUCCUGCUGCUGCACUUUGGAUUGCAGCAGAACAAAAGAUGUUGGAGACUGCUAUGAAGACAUACCCGCCGUCAUGGCAGGGCGAAGGUGAUCGCUGGGAUAAGAUUGCAGAGGGCGUGCCGGGGCGGACGAAAAAGGAAUGCAAGCUUCGUGUCAAGUUCCUACAAGAACAAGUCAGGGCGCAGAGGCAGCAACAGCAAAUUUAACAAAAUAAAAUAUGAUGGCUAAUAAACUAAAGAAUGAAC